GUUCAGAAUAUUAUUAUACCAUCAUAUCAUUUUUAACUAUCAAACUGUACUCAUUUCUUCGGGUUUUUCGUACUGUGUAAAAAAAAAUAUAAAAUAAUAAUCAUAAAUUAAUUACGAUGUACAGAUUAUUGUUGUUUGUAGUUUUCUAUAAUGUGUUUUGUAUCACCACUGAAAAAGUCGAAACUAACGUCUAUCGCAUACCAUUAGUUAGACGAAAAUCACCGUUGGAGAUGUUAAUUAAAGAUCCCCAGUACACGAGGAAAUUGAAUAUUCAAAAAACUCACCCGACGAAUGAAAAUAUCACACUAUACAAAUAUUUAGACAGUGAAUACUAUGCAAACAUAUUAGUGGGCAAGCCGGGACAGCAAUUCACUAUGAUUUUUGACACUACAUGGGGCGACAUGUGGUUACCGUCAAAACUAUGUUCAAGAAAAAUGUAUCCGAUUUGCUUCGCUAAACACUUGUAUGAUCCGGAUGUUUCGUCGUCUCACAAGUAUAUCGAUCCAGCGCCGUUUAAUGUGGACGGAUUAGUAGGAAAUUUAACAUGCGACACCGUUGUGAUGGGUCAUUUAAAUGUAAGUGAUUUAAUAUUUGCUUCAAUCAGUGAGAUACCGAGCGUUCCGCAAUAUCAAAUGAUGCACGCCGAUGGGUUAAUUGGUUUAGGAUACAACACCUUAGCUAGAACGACAACCCAACCAUUUUUUUAUAAGUUACUGGAGGAUAAAAAAAUUUUGAAACCAAUCUUCUCAGUAUAUAUGAAUCGGGACGCGAAUACAAAUAAAGGAGGAAUAAUAUUUCUUGGUGGAAUCGAACCAAAACACAUUAAAGGUGAAAUAACCUAUGUACCUGUAACAACAAAAAAAUACUGGCAAAUUCAAAUGAAUCAGUUUUCAAUACAGCAAAACAAAACAAAUUCAGAGAAAUUUUGUGGUAAUCAAGGAUGCCAAGUGAUAUUGGAUACGAGCUCGAACUCAAUCGGAGUGCCUAACGAAUACGUACUAAAAAUAAACAAUAUAAUAGAAGCUACUAAGUAUUUAUACAACAGAUACGAGGUACCGUGUUCAAAAGUGAACAAGUUGCCAAAAAUCACUAUCAACAUAGGUUCUCGAGAUUUUCGUAUUAGUGGAAGACAUUACAUCCAAAAAAUGGAGAAUGAAAACGGAACUGUUUGCAUAUCGGCGUUUUGUGACUCCGGAUUAUCCGAUGGACUUUGGUCAUUAGGGGGUGGAUUUUUGUCAAGUGUUUACACUACGUUUGAUUUGGAAAACAAUAGAGUCGGAAUUGCUAAUUUAGGAUAGAAAGAACACAAUUUUUAAACAUCAAAAUGGCAUGAACCAUAGUCACAACUAUGUAGGUGCCUAUAUAUUACAUACCUUUAUUUGAAUUGUAUUUCAUAUUAGCACAUUAAUAUUGAAUAUCUAGUACCAAACAUAUUGAUUGUAAGAUAAAUUUUACAUUUAAUUAUACAUUUAUAAAUAAACAGUUAA